AUGGUUGUAAGGCACCAAACUGGCGACAGUUCUGCCUCUUUGAACAACUCCGAAGGUACAGACAGCAGGUAUGAUGACAAUGGAAAAGAAGACGGGGGCAAAUUUCUCGAUAUUUGGUACAACUACACCUCUUCGACAACACUUCACUGCCUCUCUAGAGCUACUAAGGUGGAUUCCUCGCUGAUUAGAAGGCUGUUGUGGUACAUCUUCCUGGCCGCCAUGCUGGGAUUACUUGUCUGGCAGUCCUAUACCCAAAUAUCCCGAUAUCUCAAGACGGAAACCUUACUCAAUGAACACUCUGCAAUUGAUGAAGAAAAGAAUUUUCCCUCUGUAACUAUCUGUGAUGUCAACCAUGUCAAAACAAGCACUGUCAAUGAUCCCCGAAUACGAGAACUACUCUCUAAAACCUACAUGGCGAACAAAAAAGACUCGUCAUACUUCAAUGCACUUGAUGUGAAUUGGACAAAAAGCAUUGAUGUUGCUGAUAUAUUUUAUAAACGGUCUGUGUUUGAUAUGUUUUUACUGUGUUUAUGGCAAAAUAAGCCUGUGCGAUGUGAGUCGAUCUUCAUCUCACGGAUGACAAAGGCUGGAAUCUGCGCUACGCUGAAGAACAUUAAACUCUCGGAAAACGAUGGCAUUGGCAGCGGAAUGGGGCUCACAGUUAUUCUCCAUUCUAACAUCUCUGACUACCUUGUCACCUCAAGAGCUGGAUCCGGUUUUAGGGUGCUGCUUCAUACCAAAAAUGAAGAACCAGACGUCGAUGAACAUGGUCUAGCGCUCUCUCUCGGUACAGCAAGCAUCAUUUCAGCGACAAAAUAUCAGACAUCCUUCCUUAGACAUCCAAUACCUGCGUUUGGGGAUGACUUUUGUAUCGACACCACAGCAAGUGACUAUGUCCAUCAGCUCAAGUACAUUACCCACUACAGUUAUGGGGCGUGUCGGCUGGACUGUUUCACCGAGUACGUCGUGGACAUGUGUGGAUGUAAGGAUGUAUUUCUUCCAGGUGACGGUCCAAUCUGUGAUAUUUUCCAAAAGGUGAAUUGCCACGACAAAGCGGCAGAUUCGUUUCCGAAUAACAGUUCAUGUGAAUGCAGUUAUCCUUGUGAAACCGUAUCAUAUUCCACAGAAUUAUCUCAGGGUUCCUUCCCGUCUCCCGGAUACUUGGAAGAUACGUUUCCUGAUCUCAAUGUGUCUGCGGAAUAUAUGAAAGAAAAUGGACUGAUGUUGGAGGUUUUCUUGGAUAGCAAAAUGUAUUUCAGGAGAGAACAGAUAUUACAGUUUACAAACUCGGAUCUCGUUGCUUCAAUCGGAGGGUACAUGGGACUAUUUAUUGGAGCGAGUUUUGGAACUUUAAUGGAACUGGUAGAAUUUUUCUUUGAUAUGAUUUUGAAAUUUUUUAAGAUGUUAACCACAAGAAGUCAAAGUAGCAUGUGAUUAUGUCGAUUUCAACAAUCAACGACUCAGAGAUUAGCGGAGAAGAAUAUAAAUUCCUCGGAAAGAAACAUAACGAAAACAGAAGACACGUGUAUUUAUAACAAUAAGUCACGAAAAGUAACGAAGAGUGAUACAUUGUAAUCACAAUAUCAAUCUCAUUCUGAUAUAUGUGAUACAUUACAUAUUAACUGCAUAAACUUUUGUUCAAAUUAGCUAUUUUUCAUCACUUUCCUUCGA